AUCUGGUGACUGAACAAUAUCUGCACAUGUCGCAGGUGAAAGCACAGUUUUAAAACGGGACAAUGCUGAGGGGUGUUUGUCAGGCGGUGAACCAGGCUCCCCAUGUGGCCAGGGUCAUCUCCCCUUGUUCUGCCACCUGUGGAAGGGUGGGCAUACCUGGAGUAGGUAGUUGUCUCCCUUUGGGUAAUGUGGAACAGAGAAGGAACACGAUUGUGGUGAAGAGGAUGUACCCGCCUCGUCUGCCGAAGCAGGGACACAGACCACGGGUGCGGAGCAUGCAGAAGAUUCUACAGAUGGUGGACGUAGAGCAUGCACAUCCCAAGCCAGAUAUCCAGUGCAUACUCACAGAUGAUGUGGAAGGUGUAGGUAACCGUGGUGAUCUUCUAUAUGUGAAAAGGCGGUUGUUUAGAAACUACCUGUACCCGGCGGGCUUUGCGAAGUACGCCUCUCCUGAGAACAUCGCUGAAUGGAAGCAGCUCCGACAGGAGAGUGGUGAAGAAAGGGAGACUGCUGUUGAGAGUGUCUAUGCCAAGAUGACCGCCAAGAAGCUGUUUGGGAUGUUUUUACCAGUACCUAUGAGUGGUGACAAUCCAUGGAUACUCAACAAAACUCAUGUCAAAGUGGCCUUCAGGAGAAUGUAUGUGGAGUUGACAGAGGACUGUAUAGAAUUACCAGACGAGGAAAUAACAGAACCAAGAGACUUGGAAAUUAAAGUCACGAUUAACGGCACUCUGACUGUUCCUGUCAAGGCCAGAAUUUACCACAUCUUCAAGGACCAGUCUAAAAAUGUUCCCCCGGAUUUACCUCCCUUGUUCACAUAUGUAGAUGCGCUUCCAUCAUGAUGACCGAUCCCCCAGAGUUACCUCCCUUGUUUACAUGUGAGGGUGAGUGCCCAUCAUGACAACAGAGAUACAGAGAUGGGGAAGGAGAUACUGUAACAGUGUGUCUGUGCCAAGAUUUACAGGGGUGCAGGGGGGAGGAACGUAACAUGACCCUCCUCUACCUCCACACUUGUACCAUAACCAGCGUCCUAUCAAGAUGAAGAAUAAGCAGACAGGCAUAAAGUGGUCAGGCUUUGAGAUAUGUGGUGCUAAGGUGAAGACUAGAGAGUAAUAAACAGAUAGCAGGACGAGCUGUUCCAUUUUGAUGAGAGAAUAGCAGAAUUAACGUGUGAUGCUUACAGGAACAGUGGCUGGGGACAACACCUGAGGUAUAGCACCUGUGGGAAGACUUCUCUAGGAAUAUACACCUGAGGUAGAACACCUGUUUGAAGACUUCUCUAUGAAUAUACACCUUAAGGAUAACACCCCUGGGAAGAUUUCUCUAGAAAUAUACACGGGAGGUAUAACACCUGUGAGAAGACUUCUCUAGGAAUGUACACCUGAGGUAUAGCACCUGUGGGAAGACUUCUCGAGGAAUAUACACCUGAGGUAAAACACCUGUGGGAAGACUUCUCUAGGAAUAUACACCUGAGGUAAAACACCUGUGGAAAGACUUCUCAGGGAAUAUACACCUGAGGUAUAACACAUGUAGGAAAACUUCUCUAGGAAUAUACACCUUUCAGAGAAAUUUCCAUCUCUCAGAAUUUGGUGUGAUUCACUUUUUGUUCCAGUAUGAUCUGUUUUUAGUAAAGAAUAUAAAAUUUUGCAA